AUGACGAACAAAAAAAUAAAUAAAGAACGGAAUAGAUCCCAGGAAAAUUUGGACAAAGCCUUAAAAAGACUAAAAGGAAUCAAGAAACCUAAACAUGCGCAUUCAACAUGCUGGCAUUGCGGAAGUCCGAAAGAUGUUCUUAACGCCGAAGAACGAAAACUAAAAGCCGAGAGAUUUCGUCAAAUUGCCAACGCUCUCGGAUAUCUAGCAGCAACAGCUAAAAGAGAAGCUCGUAUUGUUGCAAAUAAGCGGAAGAGAUCCUCUGAUAGGAAAUUGGUGCCCUCGAAAAAGAGACGCGUUGGCAGGACUUCUAAAGCUGAAGCAGAGAAAAAGAAAAAGAGGCAGAGGAUUGCUAGACAUGCCACGCCGCAUCCUAAGUCGCAAGAACGAAAGAAAACUUCAGGGAAUCCUAAGAAAGCAAAAAAACGUUACGACACUAUGGCAAAAGCUGUCACUAAGAAGGCGAAGAAAAGUAAAAAAAAUAAUAAAAAGAAGCCUUCUAAGAAAAGAGAAGAGCGCGAUGACAGCGACAGUAUGUCGGAAGAUUUCAAUUCAUCUGGAAGUGAUGAAGAUCAGAGUGAUUCUGAUUCAGAUUCUAGUCUAUCAUCGUCUAUAUACGUUUCUGAUACGAAAUAA